AAUAGAAAAGCAGUAAUUUGUAUAAAAUUGCGUUAUUGUGAUCGUAAUACUGCUUUAUGGCAAACGCGUUAUUCUAUUUGAAAUUUUAAAGAAAAACAAAUAAAUUGAUUUUCUACUUUAACUUACUCGAUCAUCUUGUUUUAACAUAAAUAUGAACAUUUACGCUUUCUUGCUGCCGUUUUUGACAGUUUUUGUUCUUGUUGAAAGGGUUCAUCUACAGGUAAUAAAUGUAAAUGGGGAUUUAACAAUUGUCGGAUUAUUCCAAGUGCACAAACCAGAAGGGGAUUCGUGCGGAUUAGGCCUGAGCGCUGCCUCUGUGAUGACGUCAGAGGCGGUGAAAUGGUACAUUGAAGGAUUAAACCAAUAUGGCAAACUUCCUUUUAAAAUUGGCUUCGAAGGGCAUGAAACGUGUGGUCUGGUGAGCAAAGCAUCUGAGAUUUCCAUCAAACUGAUGAACAAGGCGCUUACAAAUAAAACUAUCCUAGGAGUAAUUGGUCCUGAAUUCAGUUCUGAAGCAGAAGCUAUUUCCCCGAUUCUAAGCUCAGUUACAAAGGAGAGUCGUUUAGUUCAGGUGGGAUUUUCAACUACCGCAGCACGGCUUGGAGAUACUGAAAAAUAUCCGAACUUUGUGCGAGUCGUCCCGAAUGAUGACGUACAAGUUGAGGUGAUGAUCAAGACAAUGAAAUCUCUCGAAUGGAACAGAAUUGCAAUCAUCUAUGUCAACGAUACUUACGGUCGGGAUGCUAGCAAUCGUCUCAUUUUGAGGGCAAACGAAGAGAGUAUUUGUACAUCUAUGAAUAGCGCUAUCCCGGUAGAAACUAGUGGAGAUUUUUUCAACUCCUUGAUUAGCGACAUUACUAUCGGUACCGGCAAUAGAGCAUCUAUAAAUGGAAUAGUUUACAUUGGUCCCAGUUCAUUUGCUCGUUCUAUAUUUAUUGCCUUAGAAAAUACGGGCUUUACAUCACAUCCUAUUGUCAUGUUGUCGGAAGGUAUCAACAUGGAGACAAGCGUGUUUCAGUAUAAUUCUGGGUCGACGCUUAAGUCGUCAAAAGGAUCUCUUGUUCUUGCACCUAACUAUCAGGAAAGCAUUGAAUUCACGUCCCAUUGGCGGUCAAUAUUCACAAACAAAACGUAUUUUGAAAAGGAAGUUAUGACAAACCCUUGGCUAAUGGAAGUAUAUUAUGAAAUCACAGAGUGUGAGAGAAGAAACUGUGAUUUUACGCCACUGACAGAGAGUGAUUAUAACCAAGUGUUUGAAGCGCAAAUUUUAUACGUGCAGUAUGCCAUACUUGCAGCGCAUGCCCUUGUUAAGGGGACAAGAGAACUCCAUAACAAAUACUGCCCUUCCUCGGUAUUCUGUGAUGGUUUUAAAACGAAUUUUCGUUCGGGCGACCUAGUAAAUGUUCUAGAAAAUAUUAACAUAGACCUUGGGAAGGAUUUUCAAUGGAAAUUACCGUCAUUGUCAGACCGUAAGCUUCAACUAAACAGCACAGAAACUCAACAGAAAGAUCUUUCGUUAUAUGAUGUGUUCAAUUUCCGGAAGAAUGAUGAACUUUCUACCGAAUUUGAUCUGAUAAAGGUCAGUGAUCGUUUAGAUAACGACAUAACUAUAAACAAAGAGAAGCUUAGAGACUACACAAUCAAUAACGAGGAGCUAGUAUGGCCAAAUGUACGAAAGGCACAGUGCAUGGUUGAUACAAAGUGUAAAGAGUGCAUCAACAUUGAAGAGCUACGUGAAAGUAUCAUAUUUGAGCAAGGUGAUAUAUAUGUUGUGGGUGUGAUUGCAGUGUUCGAUAGUGACAGUACCUCUGGAGACGGUUGUGGAAAAAUUCGUAUCGUCAGUGGAUACCAAACUGCUGAAUCAAUAAGAUUUGCUGUGAAGAAAGUCAAUGCGAAAACCGGCGAUUUUUCUGGCUUCUUUCCCGGUUUACAGAUUGGUCUAAUUGUUUUAAACUCGUGUAACGAUCCAGUCAUUAUUCAAAGGAAGAUUUAUAAACUUAUUCAUAAUGGCGUACAAAAGGCAGACGGGUCUGUUAUAGAUCUUCAUAACAGAAUAUUAGGAUUUAUUGGUGAUAUAGGAAGCAGUAUUAGCAUUGCUGUGGCAGAAUUACUGUCAAGAUUACAUUUUGUACAGCUAAGUUUUGCUUCAACAAGUCCCGUGCUCAGUGAUAGAUCUAAAUAUCCUUAUUUUAUGAGAGUUGUUACUCCAGAUGAUGCCCAAGCGAGAGCUAUAAUUAAAAUUAUUCAAGAGCUUGAGUCUAACUAUGUUCAGAUUGUUUAUAGCACUGGCGCAUAUGGUGAAGCAGGGAAGGAUAAAAUUAAAGAGGAGGCAGUUAAAAGUAAAAUUUGUGUAGUUCAGGAAAUUGCUGUUGACGAAACUGAUAGUGGAUUUGGAAUAUUUGAAAAGUUGCGGCUGUACACUCACGCACGUAUUGUCAUUAUAUUUCUGCGGUCCCAUCGCAUAGUUCCUGUGAUGUCAGCCUUGACUUCUCAGAUUAAUACAAGGGGAGAAUUUAUGUUUAUUGGUUCUGAAGCAUGGGCCCGGAAACGGGAUCCUUUGAAAACGGACAGUAAACAAAAUCUUCUGGGUUCUUUUACGCUUUCUCUUGAAAUGUAUGAGGAUAAUGAGUUGCGCACGCAUAUCUAUAAUCUCACUCCAAAGCCAUUUAAUCAGAAUCCAUGGUCAACAUUAUAUCUACAAGAGAAAAGAAAUUGCUACUUUGAUCUAAGUUUUGACAAAAUAAAGAAUAAGAUGUGCUCUUUAAAUGAUGACAACAUCUUUGGUAGCGACUUUACGUUGGAUUCUUGGGCUACUGCCGCCUAUGUUGCAACGAAAUCUCUUCUAAUUGGCGGCAAUAAUUUUCUCAGAGACAAGUGUGGCAUAAGCACGAAAGUUCUUUGCGGAGAAUUCACGGACAAUACAAAGGGUUUUGUUGAAGCGAUUAAGGAUACGAAGCUUGAUCUGGAUGGAUCAGGAAACAAGAUUAAAGUUUUCAGUGACAACGGAAAUGGUAAUAUUGGCUACAGAAUUUACAACAUUCAAAAAGACGAUGACCCACAAAUUUUGACUUACACUGAGGUCGGGCGUUUUCCAUUGGAAGGAACAUUUACGUUUGAGAAAAAUCUGAUUGUGAAUCCAAGUGGUAACCCGAUUGAAUCAACAUGUCCAAGCGAGCCGGCGUGCAGUGAAUGCUUACAGUCUGACAAAAGUCCAGAAAAAGACACAGAAAAAGAGUCGUUGAAUGUUGGAAUGAUAGUUCUUGGGGUGUUUCUUGCAAUCGCAUUAAUAGCUGUUCUGAUAUUGGUGAUAUGUUUGAUGAAACUGAGGGAAACACGCAAACGAGCCAGUGAAAUAUACCUAACGCCAACGACCCCAAACGUUGAACACAAGUUGCAGAGAGAGGAAGCAAUCGGAAGUGAAGAGUUUGCUACCAUUCCGGCUUGCUCCCCGAAUCCAUCAAGGACAGCACCACCAGACAUCCAAACUACUGAUACAUAACAUUUUACUACUGUGUACUUUUUGUACAAAUUGUGUAAUGUUAGAACUAAAUAUUUGACACUGUUUCGAGGGCUGGAUGUAGUAGUGUUAUCAGAAUGGUGUAGGGAAUUACAUUCUAUGAAUGUUUUCGCACUUGGUGAUGCUAUAAUGUUAUAUUUGUUACUCGGCUUUGGUAGUGUAAAACUGCAGUAUUUGAUAAGUGGCAAUAUGAAACACAAUAAAUUAUUAUCUAACUCAUUUAAUAACGCCUUUUCCACUUUGAAUAUUUAAAAUCAUUAUGCAUCUAUUUUAUAUUCGAUUUACAUGCUAUAACGCAGUAUUUGAUAUCCAGUGUUGAUAGAAUAUCGGUGCACGACAUAACGUCGAAAAAUAUUUGAUAGAAUACGACAAUUAAAAGAAUGGACAAAUGGUAGAAAACGACAAUUUACAGAAUAUACAGUUGAUAGAAAAGAAUAUAAUGUCGAAUUUUGUGUAUCUUUUCGAAAGAACUUGUAAAAAAGCUUGGUACGCGGGUCAUUCCAUAAGUUCUUAUAAUGGCCUUAUUUUAAGAAAACUAUAAGUGAUUCACAUCUACCGUAUCUAUAGUCCUUUAAAGUAACUAACCCUUACAAGCGCUUUCCAUCUGCUCGGAAGAUCGGCAAUUCCGGUUGCUAGGCAGCCGCGUGUGAUACUUUGAAGCUCCAUGGCCACGGCAACUUUAAGUCUCUCUAAGUCAUUAAAUCUAACGCCCCUGAGUGGCAUUUUGAGUUUAGGAAAAAAGACAUUGUCACAGGUACUCAUGUUUGGCGAAUAAGUGGAGAUGGGGCAACACUUCCCAGUUAUAUUCUUCGAUUUUUUGACGUCACUUGGUGUGAUUUAUGCGGAGUUGCGUUGUCAUGAAUUGUUUCCUGAUAGUUGGUCUUAAUUUCUCUUUUAAAAAUGUUUCAUAAUACUACUAAUAAUAAUAUGUCCAAUCCGACGCCAAUGCACCGGCAUUAUCAUAGGCUAAAAUUACGAGCUGUUUCAGGUUCCAUUGUUUUCGUCGAAAUUGUUCAGGCAUUGACGACCGUUACGUGUGUCAUUCGGAGGAGUGUGACUUUAAUUCGGGCUUAUAGCUACGAAGUCAUUUCUUAUCGUUUGCCACAAAUGCGGUCGCCUACAUUUUCAUCUCUUUAAGUGAUUUUCUGCAAUCACUAACCGGUCCGUCGUUUGGUCCCGCGUGAGAUGAUAUGGCACCCAUCUUGCAGAAACUCGGUGCAUUCGCAAAUGACGUGUCUGAAUUGCAGGAAUUUACCGAACAGAAAUACCAAGACUUUCAGCUAACUCCUCGCAUGUUAAUCGCCGAUCUUCAUUCAGUUGGUCCCAAGCUUUUUCAACAUGGAACUUGCCUGUAACCUCAACCGGCCGUCCGCUAUGGGGGUCAUCGGAAACAUCAAAUUUUCCAUCUGCAGAUCGCCUAAUCCAUCUAUAAACUGUAUUAUAUUAAACAGCAGAUUCACCACAAGCUUCUCAUAACUGCUCAUGGAUUUCAUUUCCCGUUUUCCCCCUCAAAAACUUUAUUUUAAUAUAUCUAGGCUUACCGCGGCCAUACGUGGAAAAUAUUUCCGAAACAUUUUUUUUUAUUACAAUAACAAACUAAGACUAUUGCUAAGCAAAAGAAGUAACAUACCGAAUAUUAAAAUGACUUGUAAAUCAUGAUAAAAAUAGAUUAUAUUUUGGAGGGGUGUGACGGCCGGGGGGGGGGUUAUUGAGAACUCAUUUUGUCUUUAGAGAGGAGUCAUUGCACUGUAAAAAAAGGCCACAUUUUCUAUAUAAAAUUAACCAGUGGCCAUUUAUUCUAUUUUCUGUGUGUGUGUGUGUGUGUGUGCGCGCUGCGUGCGUGCGUGCGUGUAUGUGUAUUUUAGUUUGUUUUUUAAAUUUGUUUAAUGAUAUUUAUGUAUUUCUUGUAAAUUGUACUUUUUAUUUAAAACGUACAUGUAUGUCUUGUUUUAUAUAAAGAUAUGUUUAUAUGAAUGAGCUUGCGAUGCUUAAGACAAAUAAAAUACAUGUUGCUAUUCCACGAAAAUUA